UUAGCGUUGGAGCUGAACUUUGCAGGAUAGUCGAUCGCCAGGAGCAGGAUUGGGCGUAACCCCUGGCGUAAACACACCCAUCAAAAACCAGCUCUCCAUCGCUUGAGCGACUAAACGUGUUUUCUCUCAACCAGAAAGUGGAUUAACCUGCGAAUAUGGCCAGAGGUCAAGGCAUCAAUCAGGAGCUCUCAGAUGUGCUGAACGAACUGUGGAAGCUGGAUGUGAACCGCAUGAAACCUGGAAAAGACUAUAAAAUCAACCUACAGGGGAAGGCUGGCUUUGUAGCUGAAGGCAGUAAUGCCAGGGACAACGCUAGAGCUCCUCUCUUCUCCUAUGUCAAUGAAAACAAGCUCAAAAGCAUUGAUACUUACGCCCACUUCAUAAAUCUGCUGGACAAUUAUGAGAUGUCUACAGGAGUGACUGAGCAUGUGACAAAAGAGGAGCUUCAAGAAAAUCAUCUUUUCCUGGAUGCUGUUCUCAAGACGGAGGUCAUGAAGUGUGCCCACAGGUAUUUAGUGCGCAAAGGUCUAGCCCAGUCGGAUCCGGCUCAGUUUAAGAGCCAGCUCUAUGACAUCUGGUUUAAGCUCUAUCGCAGAGGCAAAAAUGGAGGUGAAGAUUCCUGUGGAUUUGAGCAUGUGUUUGUUGGUGAAACCAAACAUGGUAAAGAGAUCAUGGGCCUCCACAACUGGGUCCAGUUUUACCACCAGGAGAAACACAAUCAUGUGGACUACAAAGGAUACAAUGCCAGAAAUAACAAGGAGACGCCGGACGAGGACGAUCACGUCUUGAACCUGCAGUUCAGCUGGAAUGGCCUGGUGAAGCCGGUGGGCAGUUGUUUCAUUGGUGUCAGCCCAGAGUUCGAGGUGGCUCUCUUUACUAUGGUCUUCUUUCUGACUGAUGAGCGUGUGACCAAGGUUACAGUGAAGGUGGAUGAGUACCUUCUUGAGAUUGUGGUGUACCGAUUUGGGCACUCCAUUGGGACUUCGUAUCCCAAAAUGAUCAGCAGCAACAACCUGGAUUUCUAGAUCUGACUGCAAGGUCAUACCUGGUACUAUUUGGGGGGGAAAAAAAGAGGCUAACUUGGACAAAGUGGGGCUUGAUAAUCCAAAUAAUCACACUUACAGCUUGAGGUUCUUAAAUUCUUAAACUUGAACUGUUAGUGGGACCAAUGUGACCAAUAUGUUUUAAAACGUUAUUGUCAGAUUGCAAAUUAUGCCUCUACUUUGGUAAGGAAUCUAGUUUGUUCUACCAUAAAAGUCUGCAUAAUGAUAGUUAUGUGCCAAAAAAUUUCAACGCAUCGGUUUGCAGUCAGGACCUUAAAGUUGGGUGAGCCUUAAAUUGCUUAAAAUGUGUGUUUUGCCUAUAAACUAUAUAAACAGCUAUUUUGUAUUAGAUGCACUAAGGUACUUUAAUGUAUGUGCUAAAACACUGCUGUUACAAUAAAGCCCUUUUUCAC